AUUCGCUUGUUCUCCACCCCCUUCUGCCCUCUCCUCCCAAAUUCCCAAUCCCCUCCCCAAAGGACUGAAACCCUAAUCCCCAUGCCAAUCACGCCCCCCUUCGGUCUCCUCGAGCCUCUGAAGCUCGUCAUCGAUGACGGCCGCUCCCCUUCGAUACCGGAGAGCACGCCAGUGCACAUCAUGGUUCCCGUCGAUGCCCGGAUGGCGGUCCUUGUGUCCAUCGACGGGAGCGGGAACGUCACGGUGAGCGCUCCGUCCUGGCGCAUACCUAUAAUCAGGGCCGGAAAGUUCGAGGCCACUACCUCCUCCGGCGCGGGGCCACUGUCAUUCGUUGACCUACAUACUGAUGGGCGCUACUCCGGCAUAGAUUUCCCCGUUCCCGCUGGGGCGUACAGAAGCAUCGGGGAAAUCAUCAAGGCAACCUGCUCCUGCUUAAGCCGCCCCUGCCCCUCUCACUAUCGGCAUGAGGAUGGUCCCUCUGCGCUGCAACAGCCGAGUGACUCGUCCCCCACUACAACGUUUGAGGACUUGGAGGAGGCCAUGUUCGAGGCAGCUCCAACAUUUGAGGCCACUUCCUCUACCUGUCCGCAGGCACAGGCAGUAACUCCCGGGUCACCCAUGUCACCCAUUUUGAGCCAUAUACGACAUGAUUGGGGUCUGGAAUUUUACAUCAGGGUUGAUCACCAAGGAUCAUUCCACACAUAUCCUGACAUUGGUGGCCCGUUUCAGAGCUUGCAACAAGCUAAAAAUGCCAUUGAUCAACAUCUUCAUGGCCGUCGUCACACCUCAAUGUGCAUGGAGCAAGCUGGUGUUUCUCAAAAUGAGAUGGGUAUACGGCAGUGUCUUUUUUGGCCCGAUGGCACAAGGAAGAAGCGCACAAAAUCAUAUAUAUUUAAGAAGGGCCAUGAACAUAUAUCCAGAUUGGUGUGUGCUAUAGUGGACCAGUAUAAUGAGGAUCACAAUCUUUUGGGGGAUCUUGCAUACAAACUCAAAGACAUGGUGAGACACAAAUCAUUUCGUGAGAAGGAUGAAUGGUACCGCCAUCUGAAUUUCACCGCAAAGAUUAAAGGAGCUGAUGGCUUGGACUGGUUUGAAAAACUGUUCUUUGUUGAACUAAGAAAUACAAAACAAGAAGAGAGCUAUGGAGAGUGGGUAGUCAGCUGUUUUUGCAUGGUCGAUCCUACUGAUAAUGGUCAUUGUGGUGGUUGUAAAAGUGGUGUGAGGCACCCCAACAAAGCUGAUGCAUACACUUGUGGUCAUGUGGGUGCAGAUGAGCUAUGUGGAUGCCCGGCAGAGUGGAGCGACUCCGAUGAAGAUGAUAGGAGCAAGGAGCGUAGGAUAAGACGUAUGUACAAGGGCCGGAAACCUUUCGUCCUCCCUGCGUCGGCUGUACCCAAGGAGAUAGCAUAAGGUGAUGGACUGGGGACACUGGAGAUGAGGGCGCUAAAGCGGAACGGCUCUGUUCCUUGCAAUGGACUGUCUAUGGACUGAAUGAAUAUUUUGUCAGCACCAACCCAACCCAAUAUCUAGCUGUCUUUUUACUGUUAAUAAGUAGCUCAAAUAAAGUCGCUGGUUGUGGCCCUGUGGAUUCCUGCAGCUGUUGGGUGUCAGGGAUUUGGGCGAGCUCCAUGUAUAUUUUGGUCCUUGGACAUGCAGAGCAAAGUGUUGGAGUCUUUGGGGUG